CACAUGCUGCGUUCUCGAUUUAGGUUCUUGGUUGAAACCGAUCGGACGCUUGUAGAGAAAACAUCAUUAAGGGGAUUUAUUAAAUUAAUGUUGUAAAAUAAAAUUCAUCGUUUAACAUGAGUAGCACCGAAUUUGAUAAGAACAAUUACCCAAAAGCUUCAAAGUAUCUUUUCAAUGGAGCUUUACUUACGUACAUUGCUGGCAUGUUUCUGAUGAUUUCAUUUUGCAGCCCCUACUGGGUGAAAUCCUAUGAUGAGACUUUCUCCAAUUUCAAAAACAUGGGUCUCUGGGAAUACUGCUUCCAGAACUUUCGAUACCCAUACUACCAGUACGACCACCCAUUUGACGGCUGCCAUCAUGUCUUCAGCAAGGAAUAUUUCGUAAUUCGUGAAUGGCUGUUGCCACCAUGGUUGAUGACAGUCCAGGCAUUCAUGACGAUGUCUUUUUUACUUAGUUUUGGUUCUCAAGUGCUUAUGGCGAUGCAACUCUGCAGAUGGCCGUUGGAGUUUGUUUUGAGAUACGAGUACAUUUUAUCGGCGGUGGAUUUUAUUUGUAUCGUGACAACAACCGUAUUUAUGUUCCUGGGUGUUGUAAUCUUCGGAGCAUCACACGUACGACGUGAUUGGCUGAUGUAUCCAAACUUCAAUUAUCUCUGUUGGUCGUACGGCUUCGCGUGUCUAUCAUUCUUUUUUCACGGAUUUGCCGCCAUAUGUUUGUAUAAAGAGGCACGGCUGAGUUAUGAAAGGCGACGCGAAUCUAAAAAUCUCAUUAUGCAAAUGCAACCAAAUCCACAGCACCGUUUAGGAUGGAAUAUACCAGGAUAUUAGGCUUUUUAGUUUAUUUACGUACUUAAGGAAAACCACUGAUUUAUUCUAUGGCAAUAGGAUUAUUUUCCUGGGUUGCUGUGGAAUUUUAAACCCCAAUUUAAGCUUCACAAGAAUUGAUGUUUUUGUAAACUCUUGUAUACAUUUUUUAUGCCAUUUUUGCUAAUUGUAUCUAUAUUUAUAGUCAUUAUGUUGUAUUUGUUGUAUUAUACUCUUGUAAUACUUUCAUAGGAUUAAAAUAAGAUAUUAUUUGUAUUGGUAUUAAGUUAUUGUACACUAUUUUAUGGAAUCUCAAUAUUUUGUUUUUAAUCAGUAGGUAUAAGGUAUAGUAUUUUUGGAAGAAUCUAACACUAAGUAUCACUGCAUUUGAUUUUUGCUUUGACAAAGAUAUUCCGUCCAUCCAUGUUAUUUAAUUAAUAUUAAUCAUAUUAAUUAAAUAAAUAAUUAAUUAAAUUAUUUGUAAGAUGCAAUGAUAAUUUAUAUUUUUGGUAAUAAAUAAAGAUAUUUUUUCAGGCACAAA